AUGGAAUUAAUUGACAAUUCCACCGAGAAGCUACACCUUUCAUCUGAAGAUGACGACACACUUUACUGCGAAAUAUGUUCAGACACUGGUGAGGAAUUUAUUGUACAUGGGUACUGUACAAACUGUAAUGAAUACAUGUGUAAAAACUGUUUUGACUACCACCGAAAACCGAAACCAACUCGAAACCAUAUCUUAUUGCUGAAGAAUGCGAUGCCAAAACCUACUGAGAGACCGACAGCAUCGGUUUCACCAGACGUAUGCACAGAACUUUGCAAGACACACCCCGCGGAGAUUGCUGCAUUCUACUGCGAAACUCAUGACGAAUUCUUCUGCAAUUCAUGCGCUGCCACAACUCACAAAACAUGCGAGUUCCUUUAUAUACCUGAUGCUGCUAAAGACUUUGCAAACAGUGCCGAACUAGAGAAGACUUUCUCUGACUUAAAUGCCAUAUCGAAGCUUUGCGAAGAAAACAUUGAUCACGCCGCAAAAAAUUCUGCCAAGAGUGACAAUCAGUUAACAGCAGCGAAAAAGAGUGUAGAAACAUACAUUGAAAACGUUCAGAAGGUCCUUUCAGGAAAAGCAGAGAAGAUUUAUACUAAAAUGGAAGAGAUAAAUACUGAUAACAAAGACAACAUGUCGAAUGUAUCGGAGACUUGCAAGUCAACAAAAUCUGAAUCAGAGACACUCAAGCAAAGCUUACAGGCACUGUGUGACAAGAAACAGUUUUGCCAAUUAUAUACCGAAACAAAGAAAGCGGCAAAGGCAAUAAGUGAACUGGACUUAACAGUUACAAAUGCUGGAAACGUCAAUAAAAUUCAAGAAUACAAAUGCCAGUGUGACAAGCGCCUAUUCCAAUUAGUGACAAACUCAAGUCUUUUCAUAUGCAUUGACCCCAAUGACAAGAAACGUCUUUUCCCUCUUUAUCAGUCGGUCAUGGUGUCAGAGUCCUCCUCAAGAAUCGACAAUGAUGUGCCAACAGAACAAGCCCCGAAUGUUCCGGAGACCCUUGAUGUCCCUGAACCGAACUUCCCACCUCCUGUUGUCCCACCAAGAAGAUUUACAACAAGCGAAAGCAUUGACGAGAUAUCCAUUAUCCAAGAUGACGAGCCGAUUUAUGAACUUAUCGAGGACAGGCAUAAGUAG